GUCAUUCGAAGCGAAGAAAUACUGGGACAAGCACGCUGCCAGCGACGUACGUCAUGGCAAAUGAGCGCUGAGGCUACUUGCUAGCGUACCCGUGACCUGAUGUUCCUUUAAUAUAAUGCCUUCUCCCCGCGCUGCAUCUCCAGUGGUGAUUCCUGUGUCCUAGGCUCCUAGCAAGUGAACUCCCCAGAGUGGUGAUUCUCUUGGAUUUGGUGCAUCGACAGUUCAAGGAGGAAACCAUGACGAUCGUAGAGAUGCAUGUGAGCAUCGACUGCGAUGGCUGCGAGGACAACGUCAGGAAGGCCCUGGAAAAGCUCAAAGGAGUGCACCACGUAAGCAUCGACAGGAUGCACGGCAAGGUGACUGUCACUGGGUCGGUGAGCCAGAGGAAGGCGCUCCGCGCGGCGCGGCGCACGGGCAAGCUCGCCGUGCUGUGGCCGUCCGCCUACAACAACCCGUCGUACCACCAAGCCCACGCGAUGCGGGCCUACUACCAGUACCAGUACCAGGCCAAUAAGCCCGCGCAAGCGCAGCAGCACCAGUACUACAGCAGCGUCCAGCGCGCCGGCAAGAACAGCGGCGGCAUCUCGGCGGUGGCUACGAAGCCGGCGGGGCAUCAGUACCCCCAGUCCAAGGCCAGCUCCUACAACUACCAUGUCCACGGGUACUAUGACUCCGAGCUGUACGGGUACUACCACGACCACGAGCAGCCCGGCGACGUAGUGCCAGCCGCCGUGCGGUCCUACUUCAGCGACGAGAACCCGAGUGCUUGCUCGAUCAUGUAGUCAUCAUCGAUCCUUCCAUGAGGUCGGUACGGUGUGGUCGUUCGGGUGUAUGAUGAUUGAUCAUCGGCCUCGCUUGUGUCUGGGUUUAUGUUUCCAUUCAUCCUGUAUGUAUAAAUGUACAAUACAAUACUGCCUUGUUUGUACUGCGCUGUACAUUAGUGUAAAUUUGUGACCGGGCAGGCGGUUGCUGUUGAAAAAUUAGACACUUUUCAUAUUAAAUUCCAAAUAUAAAUCAUGACCAA